AUGAAUUCUUCUUACGGUGGAGGUAAAUUAGUAGGUCGAGGAGGGGCGGAUUUAGUUGAAUAUGAAUCAGAAGAUGAAAGAACGAGUCGUAGAAACAGGAGUCAAAGAGGUACACCAUAUUCUAAAAUAGAUAUAAGAGAACAAUAUUGUAUAAAUAAUAAAGAGGUUCAGGUACUCGAAAGCGGGUCAUCAUCACUUUUCGGUUGUUUGUCGAAACAUAAUAACGGUUCGUGUAAAUCUCGUCAAUAUUUCUUAAGCGGAUGCGUUAGCCGAGUACCAAGCGAAGAAAAUUUACACGAAUUUAAAUUUCAACCACUUCCCAGAAGACCGAUUGACGAUUUGGAAAGAGCUUAUUUAAGAAGGAGACCGAAAUCUUUAUGCGGAAGCGAUUCUGGAAGAUGCAGCAAUUGGAUACCGGAAGAAGAAGAAGAAGAAGAAAAUUUAACGACGCCGAAAGUAUUAAAAAAAACUGCUAUGAAAACACAAGCGACACAAACUGGUUGCAUACGAAGAGAACCGCCAAAAUAUCUUUCAUUAAGUCCAAGAACCGUCCAUAGAGUAAAAAUGGUAUCGCAAGGAGCACAAACAAACGGACAAUUGACAAACGGUAGAAAAUUAAUGAAAAGUUAUUCCGAAGCCGGUUGUUGUUUUGGUGAAGGACAUGUUGGUACCACCAGUUGUGGUAGAACCAAAGAACACGAUACACUUGUAAGAACCCAAUCGGAAGAACCGAGAUCGCCAUUUUCAUCUAUGAAAACAGUUUUACCAUGGACUGAAAAUGAUAAUUUUAUAAAUUUAAAUAAAUCGGACGUGAAGAAAACAACGCAAAAUUCUACAAAAAUUUACAAAGAAAUAUUUAUCGAUUUCGAACCAGUCGAAGAUUUAGAAAUGCCAAAGACUAAUAAUAAUAAUAAUUUAAAUGAUGAAAAUAUUAUUAAAGACGAUAAAGAAUCGGAUAAAUGUAUCACCAAUCACAUCGUUGAUCGAGUGGAUGGAAUAAAGGUUUGUCAAAAUGAAAAAGAUGGUUCCGAAAAGAAAUCUGGAGCGAGUACUCCAGAUAUAAGAGAUUUUCAAUCGACGACAUUAAACGUCUCUAAAAAAAUUUCUCCAUUUGCUUCUUGCGAUUCAUUAGGAACGGAUCAAAAAGAUCACAGCGAUGGCAUCUGGAACGAAUCACAGUCGACCGUACUUCAAGCGGAAAUUGAUAAUAAUGACGUCACAUCUCGAGCACCGUCCAAAAAACAUUUGCUUAUAUUACAACAUCAACAAAGAUCAUCCAUCGAUACUGAAAUUUUAGAAAACGAUACUUUUUAUUCACAGUCUCCGAUUCGGUCACCAUUAAAACACGAUUUAGCAGUGCCUUUUGUAACAGUCGCUCCCGUUCACGAAAAUCAUUCAAUACAAUUGUUAUCAGAGGUCCAACUUGCGAGAAAUUCUUGUCAUCCUCCUUUCGCAUCAAACGCGAUUCAUCACAAUUCGAGAGAACUGCGAAAAAAAAUGAGCAAAAGUCCGGAAAAGGAAGAUUUUAAAUUUGAAUCAGGAAGGAUAACGGAUAUUUCGGAAAAUUCAACGACGGAUGAUUACGCCACUGCAUACGAUAACUCGGACACGAGUUCUAAAGUGUCCGUCAACUAUCACCAGAGAGAUAAAAUGUUGGGAAAUAAAAUAGAAAGUAAAGAUGGUAGCUCAUUCGAAAGCGCAUCCUCCAUUCACAGCUUUGUCAAAGAAGACACAUUGCAAAUCGUGCCUUCAUCUCCGCCAACGAUCAGAGAAGAAAAUUCGGAGGAAGAAAUAUUGAAAAAUGCAUUGACCGAUUCCGGAAGAUUCGGCGACGAAGAAAUUCUUAAAAUUGAUGAUAAACAAGACGGAAAUGAAAAAGAAUUGUCGGGGGAAGCGGAAAGCAGUAGUUCGGGAAGUUAUAGUUUAGACAGCGGACAACGCGAUCAAAAAAUCGAAUGGCCGGAACAAGAAACUUUAAAUAAUAAUUAUGAUAAUUUGACGGAAUUUAAAUUAGAAUUUAGUGAAACUCAUCAUAAUUUUACAAAAUGGCUUGACAGACCGGAAAUAACGACGACGACUACAACUACUACUACUACUACUACUACGACAUCAACAUUAGCAGGAGCAGCAGGAGCGACAAACGACUUAACGCAAAAAUCUCAACAUGGGGCAACAACAGACGACGUUAUUUCAGGCUCUUCAACCAAAACGAACCAAUCGAAAAAAAAGAUGGGAAAAGACAACGAAGAAGUUCCACCUAAAAUGGUUCGAAGUCCGGCAAUGCCCGAAGGUUUUUCAUCCGACAACUGGAAAUCACAAACGAAAAUAAUUCAUCACAUCGGAGAAAAGGUUCAAAAGGGCGAAACUGAAAUUUCAUCAGAUGAAUCUAGUUCCGAGUAUAAAAAUGCAAUCGUCGAUGAAACAAACGUGAAUGGACAUUCUCCUAGACGACAAAGAAGAAAAAUCGGCGGAAGAGGAAGAAGAAAUCAAAUCGCAAUAGAAGGAAAUUCUAAAAAAAAAUCUCUGGCUAAUACGAUUCCAGGAAAUCCAGAAUUGAAUUUAUCUCCGAAUAAAUUUGGACAAAGUCCAGUACACAGUUCAAAAGGGAGUCCUAGAAAAGUAGCCAAAAUGACAAAAGGACAAGAUCAUAAAAAAAACGCUCCAGGUUCCGAUGGUGUCACACAUUUAAAAACACUCAGCGCCGAAUCAUUAAGAUCUGUUAGUCCGGGAAGCGACAGCGUUUUUUACAACGAAGCAGAAACUCACAUGCUUUGUCAUCAAUGCGGAAGAGAAUACGAAGGGGAUCACGUACGAAUGGAAAUGGAAGAAAUAACGACGACGACAACAACAACAACAACAACAACAAUAACAACCGAAGAUAUUGUUCAACCACCAGCGGGUUUUGCAGAUUCACCAGAAAAUACAAAAUCGCGAACUCACAGACUUUAUAAAAAACAAGAAAAACGUUUCAGAUCGGAAGAAAGAGGAGGAGAAAAACGAAGGCAUUCACGUUUCAGAGCGGAAAAUCUUCGGGCGAAAUCCGAAGAAAGAGGAAAAGAAAAAAGUUGUAAAACAAAAUUACGACAACAUGCAAGAUCAAUCGAUGCAAGCAUGGAAAAAUUAAAAGGUGGCGGUGGUGGUGGAGACUCCAGUCCAAGCAUAUCAGAACCAUUGACAACAAACGAACCAAGAAUAUACGCGGAUCCUUUUAAACAAAAUUCUUGGAUUUGCAUCGUCGACAAAGAAGGAACGACGACAAAAUGGAAUCGUUCAAUGGAUUCCGACGUGUCAAAAGAAAAUAACGAAUCCACGUCAUCGGAAAAAGAAUUUAAAAAAAAAUAUCAAGCAGCAACACAUAGAAUGGUUCAUAGGAAAUCUUCUAUCGAAAUGUAUAAAAGACUUCAAACAAAAUCAUUUGAAUGCGAUAAAAAAGUUAUAGUGAAAAGAAAAUCUGGAGAAUUUGGAUUUAGAAUACAUGGAAGUAGACCCGUUGUUGUAUCGGCCAUCGAACCGGAUACUCCAGCUGAAUCAUCCGGUUUAGAAGUUGGCGACAUUGUUUUAUCCGUGAAUGGCGUUUCCGUUUUGGAAGCUUCUCAUUCCGACGUUGUUAAAUUGGCUCACGCAGGUUCCGACACUUUGGAACUUGAAGUUGCAAGAACGUCUUCUGCUUUAACAUCGUCAACAAACGCCCAAGAAAUAUCCGUCGUUUAUUCAGGAUUUUUAAAUAAACGUGGCGCUAAUAAUAAAUGGCAUUCAAGAUGGUUCGCACUGAAAAAUGAUAAUUGUUUAUAUUAUUUUAAAUCUCAAACGGAAUGCCAACCGAUCGGAGCUCUCCUAUUAUUUAAUUACAAAUUUAAAUAUUUAACGGAUUCUGAACGAGUCAACACUUUUGUACUCGAAAGGGAAGGUUCGAAAAGUUUAGAAUUACAAACGGAUUCGAAAGAACAAGUCCACGCUUGGAAAAUUCAUUUAGAAAAAGCAAUGGAAUCGAAAAAUAUCAACGAUGGACAACAAUGGUUUGAUAAGAGUUGUCGUUUAGUUUAUCAAUCACCAUCAUCCGUCGAAGAACCUGAUUGUUUUGGUCAUUUGACGUCACUCGAAGAUAAAUGGAGAAGACGUUAUUGCAUAUUAAAAGAUGCUGCUUUGCUUUUAUAUUCGGAUAUAGGAGCGGAUAAAGCUUUGGCUGUUGUUUUCUUACAAGGAUAUAAAAUACAAAGUACGAGCGGUACAACUUCCGGUAAAAGAUUUUCAUUUGAAAUCGUACCACCGGAACCGAAACAAAAACAUUUAUAUUUUUACACGGAUACGGAAAUGGAUAAGAAAAGAUGGAUAGCAGCCUUAGAAUAUUCAAUCGAUAGAUGGAUGAAACUCGAAUAA